CUUGAUUCUUAUUGGCUCCGAACAUUCUUCGUCUCUAUACCCAUCUCAUUGACAACUCUCAGAGCACGAGUGAAGCCGAGUCAUAGCAAGACGCUUUUCAACUCAGAGAGCUACUGGUCUUUUAUCAGAAGACUGUCAUUGACAAAGUCAUUCAUUUCUACAACUCCACCAUGCCUGCCCCAAAAUCUCCACCCCGAACUCUUUACGACAAAGUCUUCGACGACCACGUCGUGUAUUCAGGAGAGGGCGACACUUUACUCUACAUCGAUCGUCAUCUCGUUCACGAAGUCACCUCUCCGCAAGCUUUUGAGGCUCUGCGAAAUGCUGGAAGACAAGUGAGAAGGACAGAUUGCACCUUGGCCACGGUCGACCAUAACAUUCCUACUGUGUCUCGAAAGAAUUUCAAAAAUGUCUCAUCCUUCAUCGGCGAGGCGGACAGUCGGGCUCAAGUCGUCGCUCUGGAAGAGAAUGUAAAAGAGUUCGGUCUGACUUACUUCGGAAUGGACGACAAGCGUCAAGGAAUCGUCCACAUCAUUGGUCCCGAGCAGGGUUUCACUCUACCGGGAACUACCGUUGUCUGCGGCGACUCCCAUACAUCGACUCAUGGCGCAUUUGGCGCUCUUGCAUUUGGAAUCGGUACCUCCGAAGUCGAACAUGUGCUCGCUACGCAGACUCUUCCGCAGGCAAAAUCCAAAAACAUGCGGAUCUCUGUCGAUGGAAAGCUCGCCGAAGGUGUAGGAUCAAAAGACAUUGUGCUGCAUAUCAUCGGCCUCAUUGGUACGGCUGGAGGCACGGGAUGCGUCAUCGAAUUCGCAGGGUCUGCCAUUCGAGCGCUGAGCAUGGAGGCUAGAAUGUCCAUCUGCAACAUGUCCAUUGAAGGUGGUGCUAGAGCUGGAAUGAUCGCCCCAGAUGACAUCACUUUCGAGUACCUCAAAGGCAGGCCUCUCAGUCCUCGAGAUGACGAAGAGUGGGACAAGGCCGAAGCGUAUUGGAGAACCCUCAAGACCGAUGCUGGCGCAAAGUACGACGUCGAGGUGGAAAUCAAGGCAGAGGACAUCAUACCCACAGUGACUUGGGGAACCUCACCACAAGACACUGUUCCUAUCAAUGGUGUCGUCCCAAAUCCCGAGUCUUUCCCAGAGGACAAACGAGGAAAUGUCGUCCGGUCUCUCGAAUACAUGGGCCUCACUCCUGGGACCCAGAUGGAGGAAGUGAAGAUCGACAAAGGAUUCCUUGGAUCCUGCACAAACGGCCGAAUUGAAGAUCUUCGAUCAGCCGCUCGUGUCAUCAUCGCAUCCGAGAAGAAUGGGGGACCCAACAAGGUUGCCGAUGGUGUCUACGCUAUGAUUGUCCCCGGAUCUGGACUGGUCAAGCAGCAGGCAGAGGCUGAAGGCCUGGACGUUAUAUUCAAGAAGGCCGGAUUUGAUUGGAGAGAAGCUGGAUGCUCAAUGUGUUUGGGAAUGAAUCCUGAUCAGCUCAAGCCCCAGGAGCGUUGCGCUUCAACAUCCAACCGAAACUUUGAAGGUCGACAGGGUGCCGGCGGGAGGACGCACUUGAUGAGUCCCGCCAUGGUCGCAGCCGCUUGUCUCACGGGUCGACUGACCGAUGUGCGCAAACUGAUGGGAACCCAAAUCGGCGAGGACGGUGGGCUCAAGAUCACAUCCUACUUUGAUUACCUCACACCGGUCACUGUUAGUGCUCUGCCUGAGCACCCGACAGAGGUCAAGCCUGAAGGACAAACCCCUGUCCAGGCCGCUGCUGCCGCUUCGGCUGGUCUACCGAAACUUAACAUUGUCAAAGGUAUUGCGGCUCCAUUCUGGCAGUCGAAUAUCGAUACCGACAAGAUCAUCCCCAAGCAGUUCCUGAAGACCCUACUGAGGACUGGUCUUGGUUCGGCUCUCUUUCAUCCGAUCCGAUAUGAUCCUGCGACUGGAGAAGAGGAUCCUGAAUUCGUGCUCAACAAGGAGCCGUUCAGGAAUGCAAGUAUCUUGAUCUGCAAAGGUCCCAACUUCGGAUGUGGAUCUUCCCGAGAACACGCGCCUUGGGCUAUCCUCGACUUUGGCAUCAGAGUUGUCAUGGCGCCUUCGUUCGGUGACAUUUUCAAGACAAACUGCUUCAAAAACGGUAUGCUCCCUCUCGAACUCCCGCAAGCAGAUCUCGAUGCUCUGUAUGAGGACGCCCUGUCAGGUCAAGAAAUCACUCUGGACUUGGAAAACGAACAGGUCAUCCGACCCGGCGAUCACCCUGCCAUCAAAUUCAGCAUUGACCCCUUCCGGCGCCACUGCCUCCUCAAUGGUCUGGACGACAUUGGUCUAACACUUCAACACAAGGAGGAUAUUGAAAAGUUCGAGGAGAGACGAACGGCUGUCUGGCCAUGGCUGGAUGGAGUCGGGUACGCCAAAAAGGGCCAGAAGGUCGUGGCUGUUCCUUCGGGACCGACCAAGAAGAAAAUGGAGUGGUAGAGAGUUUCAUGACCAUGAAUGCAGAUGUGACGAGAUCAAACUUUUGU